GAAUAAUAACUAACCCUGCCGGUAGUAAUACUCAGUCAUUCUUUCAACCACAAACCAAACCUCACCAACCUUCAAAAUGAAGUACACUCUCGCUACCAUUGCUGCCCUCGCCUCCGUGGCCCUGGCCAAGCCUGCUUUCCUCAACACCGAGUUUGAUCUCACUGAGGGCAAGCCUUACACCAUCCGCUACUCUGGCUGUGACGAUGGCUGCACCAUUGUCCUCCAGAACGGCCCCUCCGAUGAUCUCUCUGACUACAAGACCCUGACCACCUCCGCCACUGGUGACUCUUUCACUUUCACCCCCUCUGAGCUUCCCUCCGACACCUACAACUUCAAGAUCACCGACAAGGCUGGUGAGAUCAACUACAGCGCUCAGUUCCCCUACAAGGGAUCAUACGCCGCUCCCUCUGUCACCAAGUCUGCCACCGCUACCGCUGAGACCACUGCCGCCGUUUCCACCAAGGAGGCCACCACCCUCGCCAGCGUCACCAAGUCUGCUGAGGAGACCACCACUGUUGCUAAGCCCAUCAUUCCUACUCAUGCUCCUUCCAAGAACGCCACCACUCCCACUGCUGCUCACCCCACUCCUUCCAAGACUGGCAGUGCCGGCGGCGAGACCAGUGUCCCCAGUGUCCCUGAGAGCGGUGCUGCUCGCAUGACAUCCUCGCUGGCUCUUAUUGCCGGUGCUGUUAUGGCCAUGGUUUACCUCAACUAAGUUAUGGACAUAAUGUUUUAUGCGCAUACAUGGUAUGAAGAAAGAGCGGUUUGAUGAGACUCCAGUUUCGGGUGUAUAAUUCUACUUUAAUGAUGGCCUUUGUUUUAUUCUUUUCCGGUUACCCCAUGAGGCGUCGCGGCCGGCUAUAUCCACCGAUGAACCCUGCUUUGGCUUGUCUGGGAGGAAGAGAGCCUGGUAUUUAGAAAUCAAUUAGACUCAAUGCUAGUCUGUCUUUAAACAAUUGUUUGAUCUUGUGA